AAGAAAAGAAAAACAAAAGUUCCACUUUUGCCGCUCAGUGCGUUCGUCAGUCCCUCUAUAAAAUACCUCUCGCCUUCUGCAUCCUCCACCUCUCACAUUGUCAGUCCCCUAUAAUUAUUCCUUCCCACAACAAACAUUCUUUCUUCCACUCCACCGAGGACUCAAGACAACUAAGAAAAAACUUCAAGCAGAAAUCCAUCACGUCCAUGGAAUCCUUAAUCCUCCAGCUCCAUGAGAUCGAGGCCGUCAAAUUCGGCACCUUCAAGCUGAAAUCCGGCAUCACAUCGCCUAUCUACAUCGACCUCCGCCUCAUAGUUUCCUACCCUUCCCUUCUUAAUCACAUCUCCACCGUCCUUUCAUCGUCCAUCCUCCCGUCUGUUUCCUUCGACCUCCUCUGCGGUGUUCCCUACACCGCUCUCCCCAUUGCAACCGCCCUUUCCCUCUCCACCUCAACACCAAUGCUCAUGCGCCGUAAGGAGAUCAAGUCCUACGGCACCAGCAAGUCCAUCGAGGGCGCUUUCCGUCCAGGCCAGACCGUCCUGAUCAUUGAGGAUCUCGUCACCAGUGGCACGUCUGUUAUGGAGACCUCCGCCCCGCUGCGGGCCGCGGGACUGAAGGUCACGGAUGCUGUCGUGAUCAUCGACAGGGAGCAGGGUGGGAGGGAGAAUUUGGAGGUGGAUGGUAUAAGGCUGCAUGCGGUGAUGAAGCUGUCGGAGGUGGUAGAUGUGCUUGUUAGGAAUGGGAAGGUGUCGGAGGAGAUGGGAGCGAUGGUUAGGGCCUUUUUGGAUGAGAAUCGGAGGGUGGCUGCCCCGGCGGCGCGAGUUAGCGUUCCAAAGGCGUCCUAUUGGGAGAGAGCGGGAAUGGCAAAGAAUCCGAUGGGAAAGAGGCUUCUGGAGGUGAUGGAGCAGAAGGAGAGUAAUCUGUGCGUUGCUGCAGAUGUUGCAACGGCCAAGGAGUUGCUCGCCCUUGCUGAAAAGGUUGGACCAGAAAUUUGCCUAUUGAAAACCCAUGUGGAUAUAUUGCCUGACUUUACACCAGACUUUGGCCAUCAACUUCGUGAGAUUGCAGAUAGACACAGUUUCUUAAUCUUUGAGGAUCGUAAAUUUGCUGACAUUGGAAAUACGGUGACUAUGCAAUAUGAAGGAGGUAUCUUUCGAAUAUUGGACUUGGCAGAUAUAGUUAAUGCCCACAUAAUCUCCGGCCCAGGCAUUGUGGAUGGUCUGAAAUUGAAGGGUUUGCCUCGGGGUAGGGGCCUGCUAUUACUUGCUGAAAUGAGCUCAGCUGGUAAUCUUGCCACGGGAGACUACACGUCUGCAGCAGUGAAAAUUGCUGAAGAUCAUUCAGAUUUUGUCAUUGGGUUCAUAUCAGUCAAUCCAGCAUCAUGGCAAGGGGGACCGGUAAAUCCAUCAUUAAUUCAUGCUACACCAGGAGUUCAAAUGGUUACUGGAGGCGAUUCAUUGGGCCAGCAAUACAACACUCCAUAUUCUGUGAUACAUGAUAGAGGGAGUGAUAUCAUCAUUGUCGGCCGUGGAAUCAUCAAGGCGGCGGAGCCUUCUGAGGCUGCUAAACAGUAUCGUCUUCAAGGAUGGGAGGCUUACAAGGCGAGAUGUGCCAAAUGAUUCUUCCCUACAUAAUUCAUGAGGCUUGGUUAUAAACAUUUUGGUUGAGUUGCAUAUAAACAACUGAGAAAAUCCUGAUUUCUGUGGUUCUGACAUGUAAUUUAAGUUAAAAGAAUCGAGAUGAGUGGUUGAUUGAAGUUAUGAUAUUACUAGGUUUAAGAGUAGUUCAAAAUAAUCAGCAGUGUUUUCAAUCUCCAUAUAAGGAAUGCAUCAGGAGUGGUUGUUUAGUUUUAGGUGGUUUGGGGUGAUCUUUUAAGUGGGUAAGAUAUGGAUCUUGGAGC